ACGUGAAUUAGCAGAGGCGUUAUUUUAAGAAUCUCGAUUGCCCGAUGAUUAAAAUGUGGAAGCAAUCCAAACUGUUGUACAGCAGAUGCACAGUGCGUGGGAGGAAGGCUCUCUCGCGCGGUUACGAAACUGGGGGAGCGGCGACGAAGAAAGAGACCGACGCCGCGGCUUCGGAGGACUCGGAACAUGCGCUUCCUAAGGAAGCACGAGUUGUUAUAUGCGGAGGCGGAGUUAUGGGAGGUGCCGUGGCGUAUCACUUGUCCCUCAUGGGACUGGGACCGGAGACUAUUUUGGUAGAAAGUGGCAGGCUAGGAGGUGGAACAACGUGGCACGCGUCAGGAUUAGUAGGAGCCUUCAAGCCCAGUCUAGCACAAGUGAAACUCGCUCAGGAUAGCAUCGCCUUGUACAAGGAGCUGGAGAAGAAGGGCCUCACGACAGGAUGGAAGCAGUGCGGCAGUCUCUCGUUGGCGAGAACGAGAGACCGCAUGACCUCGUUCAGGCGAAUGAAGGCGCAAUCUGUGUCACGCGACAUCGAGUGCCACUUGGUUUCGCCGGAGGAAAUUCAAGAUCUGUGUCCAUUGUUACACGUCGAGGAUCUGGUGGGAGGAUUGUGGAUCCCAGGGGACGGCGUCGGCGAUCCGUAUCGGAUCUGUUUGACGUUGAUUCAAGAGGCACAACGAAGAGGUGUUACGGUAUUCGAGAAUUGCGCGGUUACGAAAGUUAUCAAUCAGAAUAGCCAGAUAGAAGCGGUGGAAACGACCCGCGGUACCGUCAAAUGCCAGCAUUUUGUCAAUGGCGCCGGAUUUUGGGCGCGGAAUGUGGGUAAACUCAGUGAGCCGUAUGUCAAGGUACCGCUUCAUCCAGUGGAACAUUAUUAUUUGCACACUAAACCUAUUGCUAAUUUAGAUCCGAUGACACCCGUUAUACGCGACUUGGAUGGGUAUACCUAUUUUCGAGAGAACGAAGGGCGGCUGUUAGCCGGUGGUUUCGAGCCGGUCGCAAAACCAGCGUUCGAAGACGGAGUGAUUCCCGAGGGCACGGAUAAGCGAUUUUUACCGGAGGAUUGGGAUCACUUUCAUAUUUUGCUGGAACAGAUGUUGCACAGAAUUCCAAGUUUAGGAAACGCAGUUCUGGAGAGACUCUGCAACGGGCCUGAAGCGUUCUCUCCAGAUUGCAGAUGGAUCGUGGGAGAGGUGCCGGAAAUACGUAAUUACUACAUCGCAGCCGGGAUGAAAACGGUCGGAAUAUCCGCCGCUGGCGGAGUCGGUCGCGCAACGGCGGAAUUGAUAGUUAACGGCUCGACUUCGUUAGAUAUGUACGAGUUAGAUGUCUCGCGUUUCCUCGGGCUGCAUAACAAUCGCAAGUUCCUGCGCGAUCGGGUGCGAGAGGUGCCUGGGAUGCACUACGCGCUGCAGUAUCCGCAUCUCGAGUUCAAAACCGGACGAAAUCUGAGGAUGUCGCCGAUUUAUCCGAAGCUCCGAGACGCGGGCGCCGUUUUCGGCCAGGUCAUGGGCUACGAGAGACCGUCCUGGUUUCAGCCAGACGAUGACUGCGAUUUGGAGUUUCCCGACGGUUUUCAGAGAUACAAAAUAGCUUACACGAAUACCUUCGGUAAGCCACCCUGGUUCGACGCGGUCGCGCAAGAAUACGCUGCUUGCAGAGAAGCGAUUGGUCUGAGCGAUUAUUCCUCCUUCACCAAAAUCGACUUAUGGUCGAACGACACGGAAGUCGUGGAUUUGCUGCAGUACUUGUGUUCAAAUGAUGUGGAUGUGCCCGUGGGAAGUAUUAUUCAUACCGGUAUGCAAAAUCAUCGUGGUGGUUACGAGAACGACUGUAGUUUAGCGCGGAUCGCGCCGAAUCAUUACAUGAUGAUUGCUCCAACCAUUCAACAAACGCGUUGCAAGGACUGGAUCCACCGUCAUCUACCGGCGGACGGUUCUGUCGCCGUGUCGGACGUCACGUCGGCGUACACUGCGAUUUGCAUAAUGGGACCGGCCACCAGAAAACUGUUAACUGAACUGACAGACAUAGAUUUAAAUCCAAAGAACUUCCCGUUUUUCACAUUCAAGGAAUUGGAUGUUGGACUUGCCAAUGGCAUUCGUACGAUGAAUUUAACGCACACGGGAGAACUUGGCUACGUCUUGUAUAUUCCAAACGAGUUUGCAUUGCACGUCUACACAAGGCUAAUAGAGGCCGGAGCGAAAUACGGGGUGAAGCACGCUGGUUAUUAUGCGACGAGAGCGUUACGCGUUGAGAAGUUUUACGCAUUUUGGGGACAAGAUUUGGAUACCUUCACCACUCCCUUGGAAUGCGGAAGAUCAUGGAGAGUAAAAUUCGAUAAGGAAGUCGACUUCAUCGGCAGAGAUGCUCUUUUGAGGCAGCGUGAGCAAGGAGUCCAGCGGAAGUACGUACAGUUACUGUUGAACGAUCACGAUCUCGAGUUCGAUACUUGGUGCUGGGGUGGCGAGCCUAUUUAUCGAAACGGAAAGUAUUGCGGAAUGACAACGACCACGGGUUACGGAUUUACGUUCAAGAAACAGGUAUGCCUUGGAUUUGUACAAAAUUUCGAUUCGAAAGGUCAACCGCAAGAGGUGACGAACGAGUACAUAUUAUCGGGCGAUUACGAAGUGAACGUCGCGGGUAUCAUGUACCCCGCAAAGUGUCACUUGCACAGUCCGAAUUUACCGACCAAAUUUCCCGAUAAAGAGAGAGACGCUUAUCACGCCACGCGCGACCAACAGUCUGUGUAAUCUCUCGUUCAGAAAUAACGCUUUCAAAGUCUGUACAAACGAUGUAUAUACAUAUAGCAAAAGAUUGAAUAAAUCGUUUAAUAAUUAUCACUCAAAAGUUGCUACAUCGAAAAAUCUAAAAGUCGCAGUAGAAAUUCUUCAGGAUCAAAGAAUCUUGUAAAUAAAUUACAUUGGGCCUGUCA